GACGUCAUACAGGAAGUGGACAGAGGGACGUUAGGGCUUCUUCUGUGGUCGAGCAGCUACCCGAAAGUCACUGAUAUUGAUUUAUUGAAAGGAAAGUGUGUGAAGCGCGGAAGAGAUGUGCACUUUUGAUAAGGAAAAAGGGCCUGGCAGGCUGAUGAAAAUGGGAUUGACUCUCAUACUGAUCGGCCAUAUUAAUUUCAUACUUGGUGCUAUCGUCCAUGGGAAUGUUCUUCGUCACAUUUCCAAACCGAGCCAGCACAUCAGCACAGAGUACACUGUGACCAACAUCAUCGCUGUCACCUCUGGCCUGCUCAGCAUUGCCACAGGGAUAAUUGCCAUUGUGAUGUCAAGGAACCUUCAUGUGUUACAACUGCAAAUAGGACUUCUAAUAGCCUCCGUCCUGAAUGCCCUGCUCUCAGCUGCAUGUUGUGUUGGGUUCUUCUUGGCCAUCAGUAUUACUGUUGCCCACAAUGGGCAGGGUUUGAUGCUGGGAUGCAAUGACACAGAAGUGCCAAUCAAUGCUCGGUCACCAGUCAGUGCCCGAUGCCCGUUUGAUACAACACGAAUCUAUGACACCACCAUGGCUCUGUGGGUCCCCUGUACUGGGUUAGCAGCGUUUGAGACUGGACUGUCUGUCUGGUGCUUCAUUGUUGGAUUGGCUCUCAGAGGGGUGGAGCCGUGUAGGAAGAGCUACAUCAAAGAGCAGUUGGAGGGAGAGGCUGAGUGUUCUCCCUACAGCCAGAACCUGAUUGGACAGCGAUCAAACCCUGACGCCUACUGAACAAAAAAGAAGGAAAGACUCCACUCCAUAGACAAGCACAGCUAAAUCCCACAGGCAUGCUUCUUAUGGAGACUAGAUUUUAUUCAGUAGUCGGCUAGACAGAAGUAAAAUCUGUUCUAAACAAACUGUUUUUGGCUUUGUGGUAUCACAAUGCUGCAUACCAAUGGCUUUUGCUUUCCUCCUCAUACCAAAAAGCUAACCCUAACUCUUCAAUUGUUAAUUCUUGAACAGUUAUUCACAUAAUGUGCCUCUUAAGAUGGUGCUUUCUAUGUAAUGAAGAUAUUAUUGUCUGAAGAUUGUGAUCAAGUUUGCAAAAGCUAAAAUGAGAUGUACUCCUUUGUUUAUGAAGUUCUUUUUUCUUUUUUAAAUCUUGUGAGAAUCUGUUUUAAAGUAUAUUUUAGCUUGUAUGAACUUCAUUUCAAUGUUUUUAAUAUUUGACAUUUUGCUGAGACUCUUAAGCACUCCAAUGUUCUGUUUCUCAGACCAUACUCACCAAUGUUUGACCACAAAUCAUUGUUGUUUUUGCCAUCGGUUUCUGCUCAUCAAGUAAACUGUAAUUUUAGACAUAUUAUAGAAAUUGUGAUGCAUGCAAUUGAAUACCAAAAUCUUUUUUUUUUACUAUGUUUAUGUGCAGUAUUUGGCUUUAAAUUAAAUAGGAAGAUCUUAAUCGGACUUCUUGGAUUUGCAUUGAACUAGUCCAUUCUAAGGACAUUAUAGGUGUGACACAGGAUUUUCCACUUCUACUUGAUGAUGUAGUCAAACCAUUGACUAGUUGAAAGUAGCUUUACUAGUACAACAUUUGUAUCUAUUUAUGUAGCUUUUCUUUGUUUUUCUCUUAGCACGUCUAUAUUUGUUAUGCUUGUGCUAUUUACAAGAAUAAGCUUCAUAUACUUUUUUGUUGCAUUCAUGUCUAGUAACUGAUGCAGUGAUGAAAUUAUUACAGAGGAGAAACUGAAAUAACAAAUUUAGAUCUCCUUCCCUGUAAGCAUGGAGUUGCAGUAGGUCUCAAAUGCAGUGCCAUGGAGAUUUUGUGAGUAUGUUCUUGUUUUUGGUUGUUUUUUUGGAAAAAUGCUUUGACCAGCUAAAAUUGAGCAUAAUCUGGAUUGCAGCAGAGCUGUGUGUUGAUGCGUGCAUUAGUGUAUGUACAGUAUUGCGGUUGAAUGUCAAGUGGGGUCAUGUAAAGAGGUUAAAUCAGUAUGUGGGCCAGCUGCCUCAGCUGGCAUAGAACCCCCCACAAGUCCACGACAGAAAAGAUCAGAUCAGCCAUGAAACGGUUAAUCUAGAGAUGUGCUCAAUUGUGUGGAAUGGAAUCAUAGCACGCAGUCCUAAUCCUGAGGCUGUAAGGGAUAAAUAUUGACAUCGUGUUGACGGAUACAAUCACAACAUGUCUGUGUGGCCGUUUCAGUCAUGGUUCAUGGUUUUCAGAAAGAUAUCUACAUUAAAAAAGUAUUGAGUAGGAUGUUGUCCAUCUUUAAGCCUACUAUAAUAAUUUUAAUUUGAAUAGCUGACCAUUUAAUCUUACUCACUUGUGAUAAGGUAUUCAGUAUAACUUGGUCUAUCAUCGACUUCAUGAAAAACAUAUUUGAAAACGUAAAUUGAAUGCAAAUAGUUAAUUGACUUUAGCUCUGCUCUAUGAUUAUCACCAUAAAGACAUUUAAUGGCAAUCUGAAUAUACUUAUAGGUAUAUAGGUUCGCACACAAAUUUUCUCAAUUUAAUUGUUAAUUAAAUUAUUUGAAUAUGUGAUAGUCUAACAGGACUUUUGACUUUCCUAAUGAUUCAGCCUAUAACUGUGGAAUCCCUAACAUUGACCAUAUUUAUGGUCUUUCUUUUCAUUUUUUCAUUUUUCAUUUUUUAAUCAACUCGUGGAUGUACUGCACAUUUAAUGUUUUUGCCUGCAAUUUUGUACAAUUCUGUAAUUUGAAUUAAUGUAUGUUUUGAAUAAAUUUUUACUAUAAUGUUACCUUUAUGGUAAUUUUCUGCUUUACAGUAUGUUGACACCAAGGUUACCGGAAGGCUGCUGGCCCAUCUUGUACCAAGCCACUGAGAGAUUUAAUUAUAUUUUUGCCUUCUCUUCUUGUUUUUUUCUUUGUUUUUUCAAUUGUGUAUUCACCCUUUGUGUCUUGUCAGACACUAUCUAUGGUGGAAUUUCAUUUAAGCCCUAAAAGCUUCCAUUUGACCCUGAGGAGGAUGAUGAGUUCCUGCUGGCUCAUGUGCUGUUGAGUCCUUGGGCACAUAUUUGUCACUCAAGAAGUGUUUUGAUUAUUGUAUAUUCUUUUAAACGUAAACCCACGAAAUUGUAAUUAAAAAUAUAUAUUUGAAACAGA